AUGACCCUUCUAACCGGUGAGUUGUAUGCACACUCAACCCAACCCGUCUUCUCUUCUCUUCAGGACCUGGUCCACAGCCUCGUGGUAGCCGUGAAUGAUCCGACGCGUGUCGCCCGGGCACACAUCGACUCUCGACUUUCCGGCUACCAAACGGAGGCCGGCGAGGCGGAAUCGUGGCUGGCCGAUCUGGAAGCCGCCAUCGAGGAUCUGCGUGUGGACGCGCUCUCGCGGCGUUGUCGUGUCAGCGUCGCCGAGGUGGAGACACUGGCGCUCCACUUGAGCAGGAUUGGCCGGCGGCUGGCCAUGUUCAAAUGUAGGCCGGGCCUGUGCAUGUUGCUAAUGCUCUCACAGCAGCACUUUUCGUGCUUCCUACUCCCUCAAGGCGGAAGGCAUUAA